AGCUCACCCUCUUCAUUCAGUCGUCUAUCUUUUUUUUCUCUCUCUUUUUGCCCUACAUCAUAGGGUUUCCAUGUCCUUGUAGCUCUGAUCUCUCUCAUGCAUUCGGGUUUUCAAGUUCUAUACGUUGGUUUGUUAGCGUUUAUUGUUUUUGGGUAUUUCUUUUUUGCUCUCUUUGGAGGGUUUCUCGGUGGACCGUGUGAAUUUUACCUCCCGGCGUUUUUGGAGCUCAACUCAUGUCUAAGCUCUUUGGAUUCGCUGGAGAUGAUGAUUUUUGCCCUGGGGGGUCAAUAUACACAAACCCCCAGGAGCCUAGCCUCUUUUUGUCCCCUGGUCGUCAUGUGGAUGUGUAUUUUCCUUCCUGCAAGAGGUCUCGCAUCAGUGCUCCAUUUGUUUUCAGUGGAGAAAGGUUUGAGCAGAAAAGGGAGGCAUCUAUUGAAGUUUUUCCAGAUGAAUGUCUCUUUGAAAUCUUCAGACGUUUGCCUGGAGGAGAGGAAAGGAGUGCCUGUGCUUGUGUUUCAAAGCGCUGGCUUUCUCUUAUGAGCAAUAUGUCCAGGGCUGAACUCUGCAGCAAGAAAACUACCCAGUUGUUGAAUGAAUCAGUUGAAAAGGCUGGUGAGGUGAAAUCUGAGGCUGAAGACCAAGAAAUUGAGGGUGAGGGAUACCUUUCCAGGAGCUUGGAGGGGAAGAAGGCCACAGAUAUUAGACUUGCAGCUAUUGCGGUUGGAACUGCUAGUCGAGGGGGUUUGGGCAAGCUUUCUAUCCGUGGAAACAAUUCUGGCCAUGGGGUGACAAAUGUAGGCCUGAGGGCAAUUGCACGUGGCUGCCCUUCACUUAGGGCUCUUUCCUUGUGGAAUUUGCCUGUGGUUGGUGACGAAGGUCUAUAUGAGAUUGCUAAUGGCUGUCACAUGCUGGAAAAGCUUGAUCUUUGUGGGUGUCCUGCAAUUUCUGACAAGGGUUUGCUUGCAAUUGCAAGGAACUGCCCAAAUUUGACUGAUCUAACUAUAGAAUCUUGUUCAAACAUUGGGAAUGAGGGUCUGCAAUCUGUUGGCCGAUGCUGCACCAACCUAAAAUCCAUCUCAAUCAAGAACUGCCCAGUUGUUGGGGAUCAAGGAAUUGCAAGCCUGGUAUCUUCUACACAUGCUCUUUCAAAGAUAAAGCUCCAGGCUUUGAACAUUACUGAUGUGUCUCUAGCUGUGGUUGGACACUAUGGUAAGGCAGUUACUGAUCUUGUCCUCACCAGCCUGCCAAAUGUGAGUGAAAGGGGCUUUUGGGUCUUGGGUAAUGGCCAUGGCUUACAGAAGUUGAAGUCCUUUACAGUUACAUCAUGCCGAGGAGUAACAGAUACUGGGCUUGCAGCUAUGGGGAAGGGUUGCCCAAAUUUAAGGCAGUUCUGCCUCCGCAAAUGUGUAUUCUUAUCUGACAAUGGACUGGACUCGUUUGUAAAAGCUGCAGAGUCACUGGAGAGCCUGCAGUUGGAGGAGUGCCAUAGGAUUACUCAACUUGGGUUUUUUGGUUCCCUUUUGAACUGUGGUGCAAAAUUGAAGGCUCUUGCUGUGAUGAACUGCUUGGGAGUUAGGGAUCUAAAUAUGGAAUUAACUUGGUCAUCUCCUUGCAAAUCCCUUCGUUCAUUGUGCAUCCGGAACUGCCCAGGUUUUGGUGAUGGUAGCUUGGCUCUUUUGGGGAAGUUGUGUCCUCAGUUGCAGCAUCUGGAAUUGAGUGGACUUCAGGGUGUAACUGAUGCUGGGUUUAUUCCAUUUCUUGAGAACUGUGAGGCUGGUUUGGUAAAGGUUAAUUUUAGUGGCUGUGUGAAUUUGUCUGACAAAGUGGUUUCGGCAAUGACUCAGCAGCAUGGUUGGACUCUUGAAUUGCUGAAUCUUGAAGGAUGUGGGAAAAUUUCUGAUGCUAGUUUGGCCACAAUUGCAGAGAACUGCUUGUUGCUCAGUGAACUUGAUGUCUCAAAUUGUGCCAUCUCAGAUUCUGGGCUUGUGGUCAUGGCUCAUUCAAACCAACUCAAUCUCCAGAUCCUUUCAGUGUCGGGUUGCUCUAUGAUAUCAGACAAGAGCUUAUCUGCCCUUGUGAAAAUGGGUAGGACUCUCCUAGGACUGAAUCUCCAGCACUGCAAUACUAUCAGCACCAGCACUGUUGACCUGCUUUUGGAACGGUUGUGGAGAUGUGAUAUCCUUUCCUAGGAAUGGAAGGAUGCUGAGAGAAUCCCAUUCCAGAAUUAGGAUGGCAAACGUAAUGCAUUGGGUUCAAAGUACAUAGCUUCAGAUUCUAGUCAGCUUUGUGAGUAGCAGCGGCUUGUUUAGUUUUUGGGUCCAUCAGCCAUGGGUGUUUUCUUUUUCCGGUACACGGUUCCUUUUUCCUGGGAGUUUGGCCGUUGAUUCUCUUUUUUUUUGCAGGCUUCUGUUCAUCAGAAACCUGUUAGAAGUAUUUUAGCUCCGAAAUUGUCGGGGUUCUUUCGUCAUGGCCAUAAUUCUCUGAGAAUGAACUGGGUUCUGAUAUUUAGGUUUUCAUCGUUUCCUGUUUCAGGGUUUGACAACUUGGUGUUUUAGCUCUGGCCUUCUGUCCAUUGUGUCUUCCAUGUUUUUGUAGUCAUGUUUGGAACGUGAUGGAUUGGUCUGUUUUCUCCAAAGGGUGGAUACACAAGAGUCAAAAAGUUCUGGGUGCUGUUGGCAGUUCGAGAGAUAGUGCCUUGUGGUCGUGGGCUUUGGCCAUGGCAGCAGGUUAUAGAGUCUGCCAUGACAACCUUUCUACUUCAAGGAGGGGUUGUUUUUUUUCCUCUUCUAAUCCAAAGCCCUUGUUUUACAGGCUUCAUUUCUUCAGGAACUGCAUUUUGCAACUACUUGUGUAAUGAAAAAUAUUUCCACCCUUUGUGUUGUA